AUGCUGAUCCGAGCCAAUAACACCACAGGAAAAUGCGACACAAAUGGCCCCUGUGACACUCAGAAAAAGAGGGGACCCGCAUGGAAAGAGGACCCACCAGAGGGAAGAAUGAAGCAAGGCAGGGGUGCCGAGAAAAUAAGAUCCAAUUAUGAUGUUGCCUCCUAUCCAAAUAACAAUCUAAGCAGUUGGCCACAUGCUGCGCAAGUUUUAUUGCCAAGCAGCACUUCUUGUGCAGAAAAUCAUCCUAGAUAUCCACCCAGUUCAUAUUCCCUGGCAGUUUCCGAGAACAAAAGCGUCCUCACAACAAAGUGGAACGAAAGCAAGAUCCAAAAGCAGCGCCUCUCCCCAAUAAUCACAACAUUUAGCCGGAACACUGAUCGAAUCAGAUCCAAAGAAAGCGAUCUGGCCAGGGAAUCCAAAUCCAGUUUGGAAAAGCCAGAUGACAUCAGAGUUGAUGCCUCCUGCAUUACUGCUAAAUUGUCGAAUUCAGUCUUCAAUAUCAAAGCUAGGAUCAAGAAAGCUCUGAAAACCGGCAGCGGGCAUCUGAAAGCAGAGUGCUGUCCAUGGGGAAGCAUGGCUUGUUCAAACAGCAGGGACUUUUCAGCAGCCGGGCCCAGGUCUUGCAGCAACGAUUCCGAGCUCAAAGAAGGAUACGCCAAUUCAGCGAAAAUGUCCACACAUUCAACCAGAGUUGGGUUUGGAGCCAAAUUAGGAAGAACUUGGAAAAUGGGGCGAUUUUCGGCUAUGGUUCGCAGAGCGAUUUUGAUCAAGACGGGAAAUCCAGCGCAAAUUAUUUUCAACGUGCUCAUCAUGCCGAUGUGGUUUUGCUUUGACCUGCUGAUUUUCACUCGGUUGAUGCCUAUUGCGAUUCACGACAGCAUUGAGACGAAAACCACACAAACAGCUUGGUUUUCUACCACUGGGGACAUCUGGAGUGGAGAAGGAACCUGCAUUGCAAUCGUGGCAAGCGAUUCAGCUCGUUUCAGGUCGGACUUUAUUGCUACGUGGAACUCGCAUUCAGGACUUGUUGCAGUCGUUUCAAAACCUAACCUUUGCGACGAAAUUUUCACGAAUGAAAGAGACUUUUUGUCAUAUUACGAACGAAAUCGUCGAAACGUUUCUGCCGCUAUCGUGAUCCAAUCCCCACUGUCGUAUUCGAUUCGAGUCAAUGAAGACCUUGUCGAUAUGCCUGAAGUAGGAAACAAUUUUUGGGGCAACCCG